CACUCGGUGUACGAAGCCCUGCAUUUCCGACAGCCCCUGAAUGCAGCAGGAGUCCUCCCAGUCGGAUUUGGCUGAACGUGACGCGCUGAGUCGGAGCGGAGCGAGGUUUCCUGGCGGAGCUGCGGAGGAGCAGGAACCGAGCGGGUCUGUCCGUCCGUCCGUCCGUGUGUCCGUCUGCCUCCCUGCCGUUGCAGUCUCUCUCUCUGUCUGUCUGGGACAUUUAAAGCGCUCUUUUCGUCUUCCACGGUCUGGAAACGGCAACAGCGGUUAUGGCUCCAUCGCUGUCCUCCUGCUGUUUUCUCCACUGAGGGACCGUCGGAUGCUCCAGUGCCCAUAGAGGAGGGGGAGGAGGAGGAGGAGGAGGGGGCAUCCCUAUCAUUCUUCGACUACCAGGUUGACUCACCGCUGGAGUGCCUGAACACAGAAGAAGAAGAAGCAGAAGAAGGAGAAGAAGAAGUCUGGGACAGAGUGAACUGAAACGGGGAGGGAAGGCAGGAGGGAGGGAGGGAAAAGCUAACGAGGUGAGGAAAAUUAGACGAGGAGCAAGACAGAAGGAGGCAGGAGAAAGUCGAGUCGGGUCGGGUCGGCAGGGCGAGAGGGGGAAAGAGAAAGUGAUUGUGGGAAAAAAAAAGAAAGCAAACAGUAACAGGGGGACAGAGCUGAGGCCAGGCAAGUACCGGUGCAGGUUGGUCGGAGGUCAAGCAGUCAGACGGACAGCUGACUCGGCUUCAGACGAGACACCUGCCCAGCUUCCACACCAAACACACUACUGUCCCCUCACUGUCAUCACACUGGGAGAAGUGGGAGAACUGGUGACGAGGAGAAGCCACCAUGAGCGACCAGAACGUCGUCAAGGAAGGCUGGGUCCAAAAAAGAGGUGAGUACAUUAAAAACUGGCGACCGCGCUACUUUCUGCUGAAGACAGACGGAUCUUUCAUCGGCUACAAGGACAAACCACAGGACUCGGACCUGGCCUACCCGCUCAACAACUUCUCUGUAGCAAAAUGUCAGCUGAUGAAGACAGAGCGGCCCAAGCCAAACACUUUCAUCAUCCGCUGUCUGCAGUGGACCACCGUCAUCGAAAGGACCUUUCAUGUCGACACUCCAGAUGAGAGGGACGAGUGGGCCGAGGCCAUCCAGAUGGUAGCCGAAUCGCUGGCCAAGCAGGAGGAGGAGGGCAUCCUGUGCAGCCCCACCUCCCAGAUCGAAAAUGUCAAUGAGGAGGAGAUGGACACCACCAUCAGCCACUACAAACGAAAGACAAUGAAUGACUUUGACUAUCUGAAGCUUCUGGGCAAAGGCACUUUUGGGAAGGUGAUUCUGGUGAGGGAGAAGGCGAGUGGCACUUAUUAUGCCAUGAAGAUCCUGAAGAAGGAAGUCAUCAUAGCCAAGGAUGAAGUCGCUCACACACUCACAGAAAGUAGGGUAUUAAAAAAUACUCGGCAUCCUUUCCUAACUUCUCUGAAGUACUCGUUCCAGACUAAGGAUCGGCUGUGCUUUGUCAUGGAGUACGUCAACGGAGGGGAGUUAUUUUUCCACUUGUCAAGAGAAAGAGUGUUUUCGGAGGACCGGACCCGUUUCUACGGCGCUGAGAUCGUCUCUGCUCUGGACUACCUACAUUCAGCCAAGAUCGUCUACCGUGAUCUGAAGCUGGAGAACCUCAUGUUGGACAAAGACGGCCACAUCAAGAUCACCGACUUUGGCCUCUGCAAAGAAGGCAUCACUGACACUGCCACCAUGAAGACCUUCUGUGGAACACCGGAGUACCUGGCUCCAGAGGUGUUGGAAGACAACGACUACGGCCGGGCGGUGGACUGGUGGGGUUUAGGCGUAGUGACGUACGAGAUGAUGUGCGGCCGCCUGCCGUUCUACAACCAGGACCACGAGAAGCUGUUCGAGCUCAUCCUCAUGGAGGAGAUCAAGUUCCCACGAACCCUGUCGGCCGAUGCCAAGUCACUGCUGUCGGGGCUGCUCAUCAAGGACCCCAACAAACGGCUGGGCGGCGGACCGGAUGACGCUAAGGAGAUCAUGCGACACAGUUACUUCGGCACAAUCGACUGGCAGGACGUCUAUGACAAGAAGCUGGUCCCGCCCUUCCAGCCCCAGGUCAGCUCGGAGACGGACACCCGCUACUUCGACGAGGAGUUCACAGCACAGACCAUCACCAUCACUCCACCGGAAAAAUAUGACGAGGACGGGAUGGACGCGGCGGACAACGAGCGGCGGCCUCAUUUCCCACAGUUCUCCUACUCAGCCAGCGGGCGGGAGUGAGCUCUGCCCGGCCAGCCAGUAUCGUCCCCAUUCGUGGCCAUUUUGAGGAAAACACGUAGCCAUUUUAGGAAAAAAAAAAUACCAGUCUCCCCUCUUUUUCUCCUUCUCUGCCUCCUCGCAGACAAGAAAAAGUCUUUUUAGGGACUUUAAAAGAGGUUUUUGCACAGUGGGAUAGACUCCAGACGGUCUCCCACACUAAAAAAUAAGUCUUCUACAUUUUCAGCGCUAUUUACUGCAGAAGGCAAUGUUUUUGUUAUUUAUUUUUUUCUCUCCGUCAGUAUUAAGUUGUCGACCCAGGUUGCGUUCAUCUUUGUCGUUUCUGCCCUUUUUCUUCUUCUUUUUUUGACUUUUUGCACUUGGUUUGGAAGAGCCGUUUUAGGGAACAAAAAACCAAAAAUGUUGCCUUACGUGUGCAGAUGUUUCGUAUCAUACCGACAGGGUGUUUUUUUUUUUGUUUUGUUUUUUUUUUGGGGAGAGGGUGGGUGGGUUUCGGGUUGUGAGGGGUAAUUUUAGUUGAGAUAAGUGCAUGGCUUGUGGUUCACUUAGAAAAAAAGACAAAAAAAAAAAAAGACAAAAAAAUUCUUUCUCAUACAUUUGCCAUGGCAGCGCACAUUCCCCAACCCCAUGGCGAUGAAAAUCACUGUCUGCAGUUAAAAAGAAGAAAAAAAAGAGACAGAAAACAAGAAUGGACGAGUCUGUAUCAUUCUUUUCAUCGUCGCAGUGUUGUAUUUUUUAACCCCUUCGUUUCUUCUCGCACUUUUGUGUUGAUUCGUUUUUGUUUUUGUAAACAGGAAACACUAAACUGCCAGAAACUGCACAGUUCACUCAGGCGCCACAGAGCACAACCGCGUUCAAACUCAGCUAACCGCUCCAGCUUUCCACAGCCGGCAGGGGAACGAGGCCUUUCUCUGCCUUCUCACCGCUUCUCCUCGUCCUCCUUUUCCUCACCUCCUCUCUUUGUUUCCUCAUCGUAGCUGUAGGACUAGUGGAAUGGAUGUUUACAUAGGGAAACGUGGCUUAAUGUAUGCACUGUAUGUAUGUGGGACAUGGGAUCAACCUUAUGCUGUCAUAACACACACACACACACACACACACACACACACACAGUGAAACAGGAGAUUAGCCUCAAGUCUGCAGUUUCCAUCCAGAAACUCAAAUCUGGUGUUUUCCAGUCGAGGUGUGUCUGACCUGCUGCCACCAUCCCCACCUUAAAAACCACUGAGCUCUUUUUCCUGUAGACGACUGAGGUCAUCCGUGUAAUUUACGACCUCUGUUCUGGAUACAUCUUCUGUCUUAUUUCAAAUGCUCCUUAAAAUUACACAUGCUUUGUUUGUACUCAUUCUAGAUCGUAACCCUUGAAGACCUGAACAGACGCCGACGACCAAAAAA